CCUCUUCUCCUUAUGACAUAGUUUUGGGCCUUUUCUAAAGACAUCAUGUCCCCUUCACUCUUGCAGAAGGAAUGUCGGAACUGGAAAAAACUUUUCUUAGAUUUUCUGCAUAUGGAGAAACAGCUACGCACCGGAACACUAUGUCUCAGAAGAACUUCCUCAAGAUGUUGAAGGAAUGUGGUGUGAUGGAUGGAAAAGUCGUGACCAGCACUGAUGUGCUCAUUGCCUUCAAUGAAGUCAAGUUUAAGGGGGCCAAUCACAUUAACUAUAUUGAGUUUUUGCAAGCUAUUAAAUUGCUGAGCAGAAAGUACUUUGAGGAACGAUCUCCUGAGGAAGCUCUGCAGGCCAUAUUGAAGCUAAUCGAGGGGAAAAAGCCAUCCAACCUGGAAGAAUGAGCAAGUAAAGGUUUCUUUGCAUCGAGAAAGACAGCCUGAUUUCAAAACUCUAUACAUUUGAAUUACUUGAGUAAAAAGAUGUAGUUUUUUUUUCCAAUGAGUAUAUCGGAAAUAAGUAAGGAAUGGGGUGCAAGGAACAGAAUUCAGUAUCUUGCGAAUCUAAGUUUUCUUUUCAAAGAAAGAAAUGUUUUUAGUCUCUUCGUUUGCAAAGAUAUAUUUGAA